UGCAGGGAUGACCAGAGACUGCAGACAGUACAGGGAUGACCAGAGACUGCGGACACAGUGCAGGGAAUGACCAGAGACUGCGGACACAGUACAGGGAAUGACCAGAGACUGCGGACAGUGCAGGGAUGACCAGAGACUGCAGACAACAGUGCAGGGAAUGACCAGAGACUGCGGACACAGUGCAGGGAAUGACCAGAGACUGCGGACAGUGCAGGGAUGACCAGAGACUGCAGACAGUGCAGGGAAUGACCAGAGACUGCAGACAGUGCAGGGAAUGACCAGAGACUGCUGAC